AAUCUGCCGUCUUACCUAUACAUAGACUCUCAGCGAGAAACCAUGCGUGAAUGGAUAGCGUGGCCCUGCCCAUGCGCACACGACCGGGAGGGUUUUGUAUAAUAUUUUUAAGUGUUGACCAUGUGGAGACCAAGUGUCAGUAAGACGGCUGAAAUGUAUCAUGAUGCAUCUUCGGGGUUCUCUCGAACUACAAAUUUUUCAACAGCGCUAGCAGAAGUUUACGAAGCUCAUUUACAAGAAGUGGCAGCUCCACUGUACGCAAACAGGCAGAAUGCGCCUCCCUGUGAUUCCCCAUGACUCCCCAUGACUCCCCAGUCUCCCAGUGUCUCCCUAUGACUUCU